CUCAAAUUUCUCAACUAAAUUUAAUUAAUUCUUUUCUUAAAUUGUUAUACUUUGAAGUAUUUAUUUUUUGUAAUAUAAUAAAUUUGAAGUAAAUUGGAUAAAUUUUGUAAUAAUAUAAAUUUCUUUUGAAAUGACGUUUUUAUGUACAAUUAGUGGCGUCCAGCCACAGGAGCCUUGUUUAAGUAAAACCGGUUACAUAUUUGAACGAAGAUUAAUUGAGAAACACUUAGAAGAAUCGCCAGUCUGCCCUGCCACUGGAGAACCACUGACACUUCAAGAUUUAAUCACCAUUAAAACUGAUGUGGUAACGAAGCCUAGACCAGUAACGGCCUCGAGUAUACCUGGAUUACUCUCGCUAUUACAAUCGGAAUGGGACGCUUUGGCGUUGGAGACUCAUAACAUGAGAUCACAUGUGGAUGAAGUAAGAAAACAGUUAAGUUAUUCACUAUACCAACAUGACGCGGCAACAAGAGUAAUUGCUAGACUUAUUAAACAACGUGACACAGCUUUACAAGAAGUUGAGUCACUGAAACAACAAUUACUACAAUUCAGAUCCAAUUAUGAUCCAAACUCCUUAGAAACAGAGUUUGAUAAGGAUACAUUGGUGAGGUUGCAGGAUUUCUCGAAGGUAUUAUUGGCUGAGAGAAAGAAGAGAGAUUUGAGUGGAUAUGUCCCGAGUGAUGCAUUUACAAAGUUUAAAUGCGCUGGGGAAUUUAGAUUACACUCCUCGACUAAGCCUGGAGUACUCUGCGUAGCCUUGGAUAAGAGUAAGAAUUCCCAGGGUAUAGAGGGCAGUUAUUGUUUUACUGGUGGUAACGAUGGCAGUGUUGUUUACUUCGAUUUACAAAAUAAGAAGACUCUUAAUUCUUUAAAUGGACAUAUGAAACCUGUUAAUACACUUGUCACACAUCCAAUGGAAAAUAUUGUUUUGUCAGGAUCUGAUGACACAACUGUUAGAGUUUGGCGUGACUUUGAAACUGAGUUCAAGUGUACAUACGUCUUAAAGCAUCAUAGAUCCCCUGUCAAAACUUUAUCACUCCAUCCCAGUGGUGAAUAUGUAUUAUCAUUAGCAUCGGAUGGUGUUUGGGGUCUCUGUGAUAUCGACUCUGGUAAAGUAAUUAAAAUGCAUAGAGAUUUACCAAAGUGCAAUUCGCUUAAAAUACAUCCUGACGGUCUCGUAUGUAUCGGUGCAGCCACUAACGGGACACUGCAAGUUUGGGAUAUCCGUGACGCACAACCCAAGGAACCGCUUGCUAAUACUAUGAGUAAUGGUAAUAGUGUAAGCGAGUGGGUGGAUAUGGAUUUUAAUGAGAAUGGAUAUUACUUGGCGAGUGUCUCGGCGGCUGGUGAAGUUAUGUUAUGGGAUUUAAGAAAACAAAGUGUUAUUAAUACUUUUUCUUGCAAUGUUAAUCCAACCAAAGUUAAAUUUGAUCAUUCCGGAUUGUAUAUGGGAGUUGCUAGUACGAAGGUGGAAGUGUUUUACAUGAAGGAUAAGAGCAAAUUCGAGUUGGUUCACACACUUGAAGGACAUACUGCAAAUGUCACAGACCUUGAAUUUGGACCUCUCUCCAAGUUCCUCCUCACCACCUGCCUCGAUAAAUCACUACGACUUUACCAUUAAUUUAUCAAAUUAUUUUUAUACUUCACAA